ACGAGAUAUGGUUGGUAUUGACUUUUCUAUAUCAGUUUCACUACGGUGUUAAUUAUUGGUUAGUUCUUAUUUUAUCUUACUGUGGUUUUAAAUUAUCAGCUCUUUCGAUAUGUUUAUGUGUUCAGAAAAAGAAUUUUUUGGAGUAUAAAGAACACUGCUAUAAAUAAAAAGAUUAUUUUAUGCAUGGUAUGGCAACACCAGAUGCACCAGCUUCUGCUCAACCAGUUCCAGGAACCGAUGCAAGUAAAGUAAUCAAAAGAAGAAAAACUUCUGAUAUUAGAGACUCGGAUGAGGAGGACAGUCACGGUCCAAAGUUCACACGUAUGGAGGAAGACAACAUGCAAGAUAAAGAGAGAUUUGCGAGAGAAAACCACAGUGAGAUAGAGAGACGUCGGAGGAACAAAAUGACCGCCUACAUCACGGAGCUCUCGGACAUGGUGCCGACAUGCAGCGCUCUUGCGCGAAAACCUGACAAGUUAACAAUUCUUCGUAUGGCAGUGGCUCAUAUGAAGACUCUUAGAGGCAACACCAGUAGUGAUGGAACCUAUAAACCUUCAUUUCUCACAGAUCAGGAACUGAAACACCUUAUUUUAGAAGCUGCUGAUGGUUUCCUGUUUGUGGCUGCAUGUGACACAGGAAAAGUUAUAUAUGUUUCUGAUUCAGUGACUCCUGUUCUCAAUCAAUCACAAACAAAUUGGUUGAACUCAAGUUUGUAUGAUUUGAUCCAUCCUGAUGACCUUGAUAAAGUACGAGAACAGCUUUCAACACAGGAGUCUCCUAAUUCUGGACGUAUUUUGGAUCUCAAAACUGGUACAGUCAAGAAAGAAGGACAUCAAUCUUCAAUGCGGCUGUGCAUGGGAUCUCGACGAGGGUUUAUUUGUCGAAUGAAAAUUGGAAAUAUCCAACCAGAAGCCAUGGCAUCUAGCCACCUACAUCGCAUCAGACAACGUAAUAGUCUUGGACCAUCCAGUGAUGGGCAUGCUUAUGCUGUAGUACAUUGUACAGGCUACAUCAAGAACUGGCCUCCUUCAGGUGUACAGAUUGAUCGCAUUGACCCUGAAGAUUCCCACAACAACAGCCACUGUUGCUUGGUUGCCAUAGGUCGACUGCAAGUCACUAGCACCCCAAACCCCAAUGAUCUGAUGGGUUCUAACUCGUCCAAUGAAUUCAUUUCUCGACACAGUAUGGAUGGAAAAUUUACUUUUGUUGAUCAGCGUGUGCAAGGAGUUCUUGGAUACCAGCCACAAGAACUUUUAGGGAAAACUUGCUUUGAUUUUUUUCAUCCUGAGGACCAGACUCAUAUGAAGGAGAGUUUUGAACAAGUGCUGAAACUGAAGGGUCAGGUGAUGUCUGUCAUGUACCGUUUUCGUGGGAAAAGUAACGAGUGGAUGUGGCUUCGUACCAGUAGCUUUGCAUUCCUUAAUCCAUACACUAAUGAUGUAGAGUAUAUAGUAUGCACCAACACUUCUGCCAAAAGUCUACACCACCAGCAACCUGAUGUGACUGGCCCAAGAAAUGAGCAGGGCCCAACUAGUGCAGCAUCAGCAGUUAGCAGUGAUCCUUCUAUGAAUCAGUAUCCUGGCCAUUCAGUACCACCUGGUGGCCUAAUGCCAUCACAAGGCAAGCCUGAAGGUCUUGACUACAGUAUGCAACGUUCAGGGGAAGUUUAUCCCAUGAUUCCAAGAGCACAUAUGCAAGGUUCACAAGGAAUGCAGGAUCGGCGUCCAGGAUCUGGACAACCUGUAUAUGGAAAUUAUGAUCCAUCCUCUCAACCUCAUUCGAGCAUGAACUAUCCAAGUACCAGCUUGGCAGGAGGAAUAGCUCAACCUUCUUCUGGUGGUGGUGGAGUGUUAUCUCGUAUGGGCAAGCAAUCUCCAGCAACUUCAGGCUCUCCUCCCCAGUCAGCCUGGACACAUCGACAUGUAGUUCAGCCUGGCUCAGAGACCUUCAGUCAAGGAUUUGCCCAAAUGAGUCCACCUUCUCGUAGUCCAUCUGGACCAACUUAUACUCAGCUGAGCUCAGCUCCUGGGUCAAGAGUAGGAAUGUGGACACAGUGGCAGGGUGGUGCACCUUCAGAAACACCUGUGUCCUCCACAGGAGGAAGCCAUGCACCAGGACCUGGUAGUGGCAGUGGUGCCCCACAACAACAGGAAUUGACUGAUAUGUUACAGAUGUUAGAUCAGUCAGGAACUGCUACAUUUGAAGAUCUUUCCAUGUUUAUACUUUCUCAGAGUGACUUUUUGGUCAUGUAUCGUAUCAUUCUCCACAACAUGCUAAAUUUAUCUACAACAGGAAUGGUUGUGCAGCUGAACAAUGAGGCGUGUGUUCUCUUGAAGUUUGUACCAUCCCCUUCCUAUGAUAAGGUUGCCUCUGUUUAAGAGAAGCCACACUAAAUCAUCAUAUCUGCAUAUAUGAUAUCAUAAUGUAAAUAGCUCAUCAUUUUUAGCUGAGUCCUUUGGAAAAGUGCAUUUAAAUCGAAAAUUCAAUUUAAAUAUUUUGAAACGUACUCACUGUGUUUUUGCAAUGUAGAAUUUAGAAGGUGAAAUUUCUUUCAUUUCUUUUUCAUGGCUUAGAAUUUAUUAAUAUUAUUUUUCAAGGAAUAAUAAUCCUGAUAUAAUAACUUUGAGGUCCAUAAAAAUAGUGUGAAAUGGUAACUAUACACACACACACACAUUAUACCUGAUGGUACUUAUUACAAGAAACCACACUCCUUUUGAUAAUUAAAAAAAAAAAUCAGCAGCAUAAGUUUCUGUUACACAUCUAUAAUCAUUCAGCAAUAUGUAGCUCAAACAGUUAAAAGAUUUCUCAGUCAAUCUCUCACUCUCCUAGUGUGUUUUUUAUGUAAAAAGGUAAAUACUAGAGUAGUGUUAAUGAAUUCGUUACUAUUAAUUAAUUUUGAAAGAAAAACUUGUCUAGGUAUAUAUUUGUCAAAGGGCUUUAGCUGAGGUGUAGUUUUUAACUUCAAAAUAUAUUUUUUAAAAGCAACUGUUUUUAACAAUAUUUUAAUUUUAAGAAAGUAAGUGUAAACUAAUAAUAUAAUCAGUAAGCUGUCCUACUUUGUUCAAAAGCAUUUUGCACUUUAAAUUAUCUUUAAAGAAGCCUCAACUUAGUUUUAAUAAAAUUUCAUAAACAUAGCUUUCUGAUUUUAGGUACCUUUAGUCACCUAUUUAAAUAUUUUUACUUUUAUAAAUUAGUUAUCCUAAAUUUGCCCUGCGAAAUGUGUGAAAUUCUUAAAAGGUAAAACAUAUUAGAUCAUUUCAAAAUUAUAAUUUUUAAGUGAAUUUUAUUUUCACACUGUCACUGGUGGAUUUAGACCAGUUGGGGGUCUGAGGCAGUAGAAUAUCAUUUGGGCCUCCCCUAAUAUAUAUACAAGUGCAUACAAUACAUAAAAAUGUCUUUUUGUUGGUAGGCCUCCAAGUAGUUGGGGCCCUGGUUCAGCUAUUCCUUCUGCUCCACCCUUAAUAUGGCCCUGCACACCAUUAUAAAGUAAAAAAAAUUCGAUC